GGCUAGAGUCAUGGCAGACUUCUCUUCUCGUGUGUUUAUAACGGAAUUUAUCCAGUUGUAUAAGACUUUCCCCUGUCUAUGGGAUCAUCAGAGCCUAGAAUACUCCGAUAGGCAAAAGAAAACACUCGCGUACGAGGCAUUGAUCAGCAAAUACAAGGAAGUCGAACCGACCGCCGAUAGGAACACGGUUGUGAAGCGGAUUGCGAGUUUACGAACAGUUUUCCUGAAGGAGGUUGCAAAAGUGAAGAAUGCUCGAAAGACUGGUGAAGAAUAUAAACCUAAGUUGUGGUACUACCCGCUGUUGAAGUUUGUAAGUGACAGGGAGACGAGGAGGCGGAAAGAUGAUGACGAUGACAGGAAUUGUGCAGAGGAUUAUGCAGAAGAAAGCCAAGGAUCAAACCAGAAAAACCUGCCUAACUAUAGUCAAUCAGAAAAAUGGGAAAGCAGGGAUGAUUCUCAGUUAGGAAAGUGGGAGAACAUUGAUGUCAAUGAAAUCGCCAAUGAAGAAACUCCAUAUACUCUUGCACCCAAAAAUAGUCAAAGGCAUAAGAGGAAGAGGAAUGAUAAUGAAGAUGAGGUAUUCAAAGAGGCGCUGCAAUGUAUGAAAACUAAGCUAACAUCAGAUACUGACAAUUGUACAAUAUUUGGACAACUUAUCGCAAGUCAAAUGAGAAAUUUAUGUCAACGAAAUCAAGCUAUAGCAAGAAACAGGAUUCAAAAUGUUCUCUUUGAUUUGGAGAUGGAUGAAAUGGGUGUACCAGGUGUAGUUACAGUAGAAUAAUCAGAUAUAUUCGUUGUUGUUGUGUAAACCUGAAAAGAAAUAACAUUUUACUCCAUCGGGUGUAAAUUGUAUAAAAGAGAACAUCAGUAUACUGAAUACUGUAAAUAAUUAACAGCCUGUAUAUAUAUUUUGGAGUUCACAAUGAGACUUUAUUUUCAUAUCCCAAGCAUUUAGAUACAUUUCAACGGUUUUUAGUUCCUUAUUAAGUAGGCAUAGGUGUAAUAUUGGAUA